AUGGUAGUAGGUGCCUCUAACUCAGCCUUCCGCCACACAGAUAGAAACUAUCAUCUUCCAGGAUUGUCUACCUGCAUUUGGGUCUUUGGAAGCUCUCAAAUUUCCGGCAUGCUUGAGGUCUUCACUCCAACUUCAAGAACAUUGGCGAAUUUGGUAUGCGGUGCUCGAAGUACGAAACUCGAGAGUAUCGCAAUCAAAUGCAAACAAACAAAGAGAGUACAUGCCAAGGAUGUCAUACAAAACGUAAAAUACGACUCUUUUGCUUUGCAAUCUAAACAAUAG